AUGAAGUGCCAACCAGCCAUCACCACAGUCUCUCUCGGUCUUUCCAAUCGCUUCAACAUCCUCGACAAACUCACCCAAGCUGCCCUUCACGGCUUUUCUGCAAUCGAACUCUUCUACGAUGAUCUCGAAGCUCUCGCCUCUUCACUAUCUCCACCACCACAUUCCUCUCCCCCCCUCCGCCAUUCCCUCCUCCAAGCCGCGCACCAAAUCCGCCUCCACUGCGACGCCCUCAGCCUCACCAUCCUCAACCUCCAGCCCUUCCGUUUCUUCGAAGGCCUCGUCGACCGCGUCCAGCUCGACUACAUCCUCUCCCACACCAUCCCUCUCUGGAUAGACAUCUGCCAUAUCCUCGGUGCAGACACCAUCCUCGUCCCCUCCAACUUCCUCCCCUCUGACCCCUCCACCAACGCCCCCCGCACGGUCGGCGAUCGAGAUAUCCUCAUCCACGACCUCCGCCAACUCGCUCUCCUCGGCGCCCAAUCCUCUCCCCCCAUCAAGUUCGCCUACGAAGCCCUCGCCUGGGGCACCCACAUCAGCACAUGGGAGCAAUCCUACGACCUCGUCACCGCAGUCAACCACCCCAAUCUCGGCCUCGCCCUCGAUACCUUCAACAUCGCCGGCGCCAUCUACGCUGAUCCCACCGCUGAAGACGGCCGGACCGUCAACGCAGAGGAAGCCCUAUCCGCUUCUCUCCACCGAAUGAAAACAACACUCGACCUGUCGAAGCUCUUCAUCGUGCAAAUCGCAGACGCAGAGCGUCUCACUACCCCGCUUCGUCCCGGCCAUGCGUUCUACGUAGAAGGGCAACCAAGCCGCAUGAGCUGGUCCAGAAAUACGCGCCUCUUCCUGUGUGAGCCGGAGCGGUGCGGAUAUCUGCCUGUUUUGGAGAUUGUGCGCACUCUGCUGGACAUGGGCUGGACGGGGUAUUUGGCGUAUGAGAUCUUUUCGCGGACGCUGGCUGGACCAGAUCCGUCGACGCCUGCGGUGCAUGCUGAGCGUGCGCAACGAUCGUGGGCGAGAUUAUUCUCAUUCACACUCUCCACCUCCAACCCCAAAAGCCCAUUCCCCAACUUCUCCUCCUGGACAUAA